AUGCUCGGGAGAGCGAUGCCGAGCGCUCUGCGGGGCGUCACCUGCCUGCAGCUCCUGCUGCUCCUCUCCGCCGUGGAUUCCCGGCCCCACACGUGGGACCAGGACAGGUUCCAGCUGGAAACCAUCAAAAAAGAGAUCCUGGAGCGGCUGGGAAUGCCGGCUCCCCCCGUCAUCCGGCGCCAGCUGGACCAGGAGAGCAUCCAGAGAGCGCAGCGGCUCUACCAGCAGAAAGUGGCGGAGCUGGCGGGGAACCGGAGCCGGGAGGAGGAGGAGGAGGAGGAAUCCGUGUCCAGAACCCGGCGGCUGCACCGCCUGACCCCCACCUUGUCGCGCUGGUUGGACAUCCCUGAGCGACAUCAGGACUCUCAAGGACACCGGGACGCUCAGGGACACCGGGAGCCCCUCGGUCCCUACCGGUACCACCUCCUGCUGUCCCGCACCGCGGAUUUCCACCGGCAGCUCCGCGUGGUGCGGGCGGAGCUGAAACUCUUCAAGCACUCGCUGUCCCUGCCCGGCGCCUCGCUGCCACCUCGGGUCACCAUCUACACCCUGCAGGGGGCUCAGGGGACCCCCCAACUCCUGCGCAGCCAAGAGCUGGAUGGGGAUUCCCAGAGCCUGGACCUGACAGAAGCCAUCCAGCCCUGGGUGGCCGGACCCGAGGCCACGCUGAGCCUGGAGCUGGAUUUCACCACCGACAUCUCUGCUGCCCUGGCCACCUCCUGGGGGGAAACGGCGGUGCUGGAGGUGGAAACCCAGGAGGAACCAGCUCGAGCAGCCAGGAGAGCUCGGGGGCUGGAUGAGGAGUGUGGGAGGAGCGAUGGGAAGUGCUGCCUGAAGUCGCUGAAGGUUUCCUUCCAGGACAUCGGCUGGUCCGACUGGGUGAUCGCCCCCAGCAGUUACUACAUGAGGUUCUGCGAGGGGUCCUGCCCCCACAACUACAAACCGGCCAGCAUGCACGCCCAGAUCCAAUCCCGGGUGCACUCCCUGUCCAAGGCUGCCCCUCCACCCUGCUGUGUCCCUGCUGACUACGACCCCAUGGUGCUGAUGCACCUGGACAGCGAGGGCAGGCUGGUGUCCAGCCUCUUCGAGGACAUGCUGGUCACCAGGUGCCACUGUGCCUGAUGUGCCACCAUCCCCACUCCUGGCAGCUCCAGCAUCCCAAAAUCCAGAUCCUGUGGCACCAAGUGAGUCCAUCCCAGCCCUGGAUCCACCACGAGCUCAGCCAUGGGGUCUCCAGCAUCAGCAUCCCAAAAUCCAGAUUCUGUGGCACCAAGUGAGUCCAUCCCAGCCCUGGAUCCACCACUGAGCUCAGCCAUGGGGGUCUGCACCAUCAGCAUCCCAAAAUCCAAAUCCUGUGGCACUAAGUGAGUCCAUCCCAGCCCUGGAUCCACCACUGAGCUCAGCCAUGGGGGUCUCCAGCAUCAGCAUCCCAAAAUCCAAAUCCUGUGGCACCAAGUGAGUCCAUCCCAGCCCUGGAUCCACCACGAGCUCAGCCAUGGGGGUCUCCAGCAUCAGCAUCCCAAAAUCCAGAUUCUGUGGCACCAAGUGACUCCAUUCCUGCCCUGGCUCUGCUGUGCAGCUCAGCCCUGGGGUCUCCAGUUCUGCCCCAGUUGUGAACUUCCCCCUCAAUAACUUAUUCCUCUGUCUCCUCUCUUAUUUAAAUCCAUAUUUUAGGAUUUUUAGCAGGUGGAUCCUUCCCACCCAAGAGACCCCCAUGGCCCAGGGUGGGUCUGUGCCCAUGUGUCCAUAUCCCACUCCAAACCCUCUUCUCUGCUCAGAGACUUAUUUAUGCAAUCCAGCUAUUUAUUUCUAACUUAUUAUAUUUUAUAGCAAAAUAUCCUUUUUGGGGGGGAAAGAGGAAGGUUUUUUUUUGUUUUGUUUUUCUAUUUUAUAUAUUUCUAUAAAACCAGAAUGAUGUAAUAAUGAUGAAUAAAGUGAUUGUAACAGGGAUUCUGGCUGCUCCUCCUGCACACUUUGGGGGUCUCUGACUGGACCCCUGCUCCUGGGACCCUCAGCUCCCCUGGGAUGACUCCAAGUGGAUUUGCUGGUAAAUCCUCAGGGUUUUUCCAGUGCCAGCAUGUGAGUAAUGCCUGGGCACUGCUCCCAGAGACCUUUGAGUUGUUUGUGUCCUUGGGAAGGGCUCUGGGCACAGCUCUGACCCCUGGGGGGACAUCCAGCUGGGGGGUGACCAUUGCCCCAUUUCCAGCCCUGGGACCCCCCUGGGCACCAAAGGAAUGGGGGAACCCCCCCUGGAGGUUGGUGGCACACGUGGUGUCCCCAAGAGACUCCUCGUGGCUCCAUGGGGUGGCUCUGCUGGUCACAGCUCCUUUCUGUCCCCUCUUCCAGUGGGAUCUGGGGGUGUCUGGGCUUGGGGGAGGUGGGAUUUGGGAUCUCUGCUCUGGGGUGGGGUUUGGGGACUGAGGUGGCCUCUCUGGGGACAGGGACUGGAGACACCUGGCUCUUGGUCCCUUGGGACCCCAAUUUUGGGGACAUGAGCUCUGGGAACCUGUCCCUGAAGGUCCCUUAGGACCCCCUGUUUUGGGAAUUUGUCCUGGAGGGUGUUGGUCCCCUGGGGACAAAGGCUCUGGGGACAUAUCCUUGAG